AUGACCCGGAUAAUGUGGGGCUUAAUUCCUGUGUUGGACUGCUCCCAGCUGCUGAGUCUGUGCGCUACGCAGUGCAAACCCUCCGUCAUCCCCAUCACGACCCCCGAGCCCCGGGUGGACUCUCCUCAUCACACCGCGAUGUCAGCAGACCAAGCUUUUGUGACGCUGGCAACAAAUGACAGCUACGCCAAGGGAGCGAUGGUUCUCGGCCAGUCGCUGCUAAACCACAACACAACCAGGAAACUGGUCGCACUCGUGGGACCUCAUGUUGCAGAACCUUGCAGAGAGGCCCUUAGCUCCAUUUUCGAUGAGGUGCUUGUGGUGGACGUUAUGGACUCGGGCGAUGCAGCUCAUCUAUCUCUGAUGAAGCGUCCAGACCUGGGAGUGACAUUCACCAAACUGCACUGCUGGAGUCUCACACACUACAGCAAGUGUGUGUUCCUGGACGCCGACACACUGGUGCUGUCAAAUAUAGAUGAACUCUUUGAGAGAGAAGAACUAUCUGCAGCGCCGGAUCCCGGUUGGCCAGACUGUUUCAACUCCGGGGUGUUUGUCUUCAGACCGUCCAAAGAGACGCACGAGAAGCUGCUCACGUUCUGCAAUGAAAACGGCAGCUUCGACGGUGGAGAUCAGGGGGUUCUUAACAGUUUCUUUAACACCUGGGCGACGGCAGAUAUUUCCAAACACCUGCCCUUCAUCUACAACCUCAGCAGUAUCGCCAUCUACUCCUACCUGCCAGCGUUCAAACAGUACGGCCAUGACGCCAAAGUGGUGCAUUUCCUGGGUAAGGUGAAGCCAUGGAACUACUCCUACGACGCUCAGAGUGGCGAGGUCAAAGGUCACUCCCUGUCCCCUGACCAGUGCCACCUGCACCCCGACUACCUGCUCAUGUGGUGGCAGCUGUACGCCAAGUCGGUGCAGCCUUUACUGCAGCAGUCGUUCGGGGACACUCCAUUCAACGGCGGCCUUGUGGACGCCAGCAUGGACAGUAAGCUUCAGGAGGAUGUGAGGGAGAACCAGGCACCCUUUGCUCAACCGCCCCAGAAGGUUUCAUCAGAGGAGAGGAAGCAGCGGUGGGAGGCGGGACAGAUCGACUACAUGGGUGACGACUCCUUCGCCAACAUCGAACGAAAGCUCAACUCCUUCUUGAAGUAGCGAGCAGGCGAGG